UUUUCAUGAAACCUGGUGAAAGGGUGUAGAUCGGCCCUAGGAAGAAACCAUUACAUUUUGGAGCGGAUCCGAACUACGGUUUUCUAACAACAGAGGAGAGGCAUCUUUAAAGACGACGUCCGUCUUCAUUAGAGAUGAGAGGAGCAGCUAUGAGUUUAACUGCAGCAGCGAGUGGAUUUGUUGUCUUCCUUCUCUCUGUGUCAGUGAUACAGGGUCAGAAUGGCUGGGGAGUGACUUACACCUCUACUCAGAUCUGUGCUGUUAAAGGAUCAACAGUGAACAUACCCUGCAGCUACACAUACCCAUCCAGAAUAAAUGGCCUUGUUACCAAAGUUGAGAAAAGAUUCUGGUUUACUGAGUUAAAUAAUGGUGAACCCGUGGAUCUAACAACAACUUCAGAGUAUUCAGGUCGUGUGCAGUAUAACAGUAAAAACAACGUCUGCUCUCUGAGAAUCUCAGACCUGAGAGAGAGAGACUCAGCUGAGUACAAGUUCAGGUUCACAACAAACCAUUUAACAGGGAAAUAUACUGGUUCACCUGGAGUCACUCUGUCUGUUACAGGUCUCCAGGUGCAGGUGAGCAGAUUAAAGGUUUACUGGUCCUCUAACUGGGCAGAGCUGAAGUGUCAGAGCAGUUGUCCUCUACCUGGUCAUCCUUCCUACGUCUGGUACAAGAAUGGACAGAACAUUCAGGGACAAACAUCUGAUUCUUAUUCAGCCUACUUGGAUCCUGCAGACAGCUUUUCCUGUGCUGUAAGAGGACAUGAGGACUUCCCCUCUCCUUCAGUGGUGAUAAAGGGUCAGUAUGGCUUGGGAGUGACUUACACCUCUACUCAGAUCUGUGCUGUUAAAGGAUCAACAGUGAACAUAUCCUGCAGCUACACAUACCCAUCAGCUGUAGGUGAUGUUGAUACUACAGUUGAGCAGAGAUUCUGGUUUAUUCAACAGUUUGUGGAUCUGACAACAGUCUCAGAGUAUUCAGGUCGUGUGCAGUAUCACUCUGAAAACAAGGACUGCUCUCUGAGAAUCUCAGACCUGAGAAAGAGAGACUCAGCUGAGUACAAGUUCUGGUUCAUAACAAACCAAGGUGGGAACUAUGUCGGUUAUCCUGGAAUCACUUUGUCUGUUACAGAUCUCCAGGUGCAGGUGAGAAGAUUAGAGGUCUCCUGGUCCUCUAACUGGGCAGAGCUGAAGUGUCAGAGCAGUUGUCCUCUACUUGGCCGUCCUUCCUACGUCUGGUACAAGAAUGGACAGAACAUUCAGGGACAAAGAUCUAAUUCUUAUUCAGCCUCCUUUUAUCCUGCAGACAGCUUUUCCUGUGCUGUAAGAGGACAUGAGGACUUCCCCUCUCCUUCAGUGUAUGGUCCAAAGCUUCCCUCUGUGUCAGUGAGUCCCUCUGCUGAGAUAGUGGAGGGCAGUUCAGUGACUCUGACCUGUAGCAGUGAUGCUAACCCAGCAGCUAAAUACACCUGGUACAAGGAGAAGCCAGACUCUAAAUAUCUCAGUAAAGGACCACGGCUCAUCUUCAGCUCCAUCCGGUCCUCUGACUCUGGACAGUAUUACUGUACAGCUGAGAACGAGCUGGGGACGAAGACGUCUCAAUACAAAUUUAUUGAUGUGAAAUAUGCUCCAAAGCUUCCCUCUGUGUCAGUGAGUCCCUCUGCUGAGAUAGUGGAGGGCAGUUCAGUGACUCUGACCUGUAGCAGUGAUGCUAACCCAGCAGCUAACUACACCUGGUACAAGGAGAAUGAAGACUCACCAAAAGCAUCAGGACAGAUCUUCACCAUCACUGACUUCAGAGCUGAACACAGUGGGAAUUAUUACUGUGAAGCCCAGAACAGAAGAGGACGUCAGAACUCCACCUUACAUCUGACUGUUGUAGCAGAUCACCAUAUCUCAGGAGCAAGUCCGUUAAUAGCUGCUGGAACAAUCAGUGUUGUUCUCCUGGCUGUCCUAUCCCUCUCUGUCUUCCUGUGGAUCAGAAAGAGGAGGGCUUCCAGGGCCUCGUCUGGACCAGACAACAGGGAACAGUGUGUACCUGAUCAGAGUGAGCCAGAGGAGCAGGUUGACCUUCAGUACGCCACCAUCCACGUCUCCAACAGCCAGGCAGAUCCUCUGUACUCCAACAUCAGAGCUGCUCAGCCCCUCAGACACAGGGAGCAACAGGAAGCUGUUGAGUACGCUGCUGUCAGGUUCAACAGUGACAGUACUGCCCCGAGAACCAGAGGUCGGGACACUGGAGAGGAUCCAGCUGCUUUGUACAGCACAGUCAACAAGACCCGAUGAACACAACAGGCAUUUCAUUAAUAGUCUGAUAUUUUUUCUUUUUUCCCCAAAAAAAUAUGUAAUUACUUAACUAUUGAUUUUUAUAUAUUGUAUUUUCAGGAUGGCCCUUUCCAAGAAUGUACAAAGAGACAAUUAUAAAUCAUAUAGAAACGUUAAUGUAUUACUUAAACAUAAACCAGUGUUCAGUUAUUUUACUCUGUAUGAGUCAGCUCUAAAGAAUGAGUUAAGUAUUUCAUGAUUUAUUUCGUUAAAUUGUAUGUAUACUAUGAAAGAACAAUAUUCAGUGACCUUUUAUGUGCUGUUUGAAUUAGUCUCUAACUGGUCUUCCUCCCAAACGUCCCCGUUCAGACGCUAAAACAUACCUGAAGUAGUUGUUAAUGCAACAAGGGAUGUGAUCCCAACUGGCUUCCCACCUACAAACACUGGAAGUUGUUUUUGUUGGAAAGCACGGUCAAGCCAACAAUGGCAAUGUUUUUGUAUUUCGUUUUAAAUUUCUUUUUGUAUGGAUAUAUUUGAUGGUGACGGUAGAGAAAAAGUCAGAAAAUGUGAGGAGAAAGUUAUAACAUGCAACAAAGGUUGCUGGCUGGAAUAAUACCUUUGAUGUUGUGAUUAACUGAUUGGCGUCUUAAUCAUUAGGCCUUUAAACAUUUUCUGACAUGCAAAUUAGCACCAAAAACAAAUGACAGCAGAGGUCAAUCAUAAAGAGAAGACUUGGGUAGAAGUGUUCAAUCCUUAACGACGACUCUUCAAACUCAACUGACUAUAUUACAUCACUGUUGUCAGUGGCUUCAAAUCUUUUUGUAAUCAUUGGUGGUUUUUAUGAAAGUCUUUUCAAUGUAAAGACACCAACUUCCUAUUCAUUUUGAACCAGUGUGCAUGAUGGGAUCACAGAGAGGCAGUGAAGACCUCAAAGUUUAAACUGUGACCUGGAAGAAGAUUUUUACCAGGGGACACAUUUCCCCUGAGAAGUAUAUUCUAAAUGACUGUAAAGUUACAACUUCUUAUUUUGCUGCUUUGCUAUUGUAGAGAACAUGUGUAGUUUCCAGCUGUUGCUACUAGAUAGAAGUAAAGAGUUAUAUUUUACUAUUUUACUGAUAACAGACCAUUUCUAUUUUCCUGCCAAGUGGAUUUCUGUAUAAACAAUACUGUAUAUAUUUACCAUGUAAUUCUUCUUCUCUCUUUUUUAACCAGUUAAAUCACAACUAGACUUAUUGUGAGUCAAAUAUCAAUUAUCAGUAUUAUUGUACUUAUUUUGUGAAUGACUUCCUCUGCCUCAUCUGCUCAUUACGAUCAUCUAUAUUGCUGUCUUAUUAUUACAUUAACAAUUAUUUGUACUUUUAACACCAUGUACUGUAUGUAGACUUUUGUACUUGUAUUAUAUUGUUUUUUUGUCUUGCUUAAAUAAAAAUAAAUUAAUAGUUAGUAAACAUUUAGUUUUGCCCUCUUAUGUUCUUUGUCCUGAUGAGUCAGUAUUUGUCCAGUACAAUCUCUUAAAUGGCUCAUUCGAUGGGUGUUUGUAGUCUUUUUGUGCUU